CCGAUUGAAGGCAAACCGAAGAGCGAUAGAAAAAGAAAGAGACAGAGAAAGAGGAUGAACGCGGCUCGGAUUCACGACAAACACAAGCUGAGGUCGUUCUGGGAGCAGAAGAUUGAGGAGCAUGGCGAGCAGGAGGUGGAGGAGGAGCGGCGCCGGAGGAGCAGCGCCCUGACACGACUGAGGGAGCAGUGGGUGGUUCAGCUGGAUCACAGGAAUCAGCACCAGCAGAGUUUCUUCGAGGAGCGAAUGAGACGAGUGCAGGGCGUUCGGCAGAGCCUCAGGAAGCUGGACUCACCCUGAACCCAGCAGUACACUCCCAUCAGGCCGUGGGGCUGACAGCAGCCGC